UAACGUGCACUCCUCCAAGAUACACUUCAUAUAAGCAUAAGCACCAUUUUUCUCUCUGUUUUAUUGUUUUCAUUCUCUCGCUCUCUCAUUGAGUCAUUGUCAAGAUGUCUGAGCGACAAGGUGUUGGUGAUCAUGGCACCAAUUCAGGAACACGGCGAAAAGGUGCGGCCACAAAGCGUGCCAUGGCAGUGGCAGCAGCAGCAACAGUGCCUCCAUGUGGGGCAUGCAAGUUCUUGAGGAGGAAGUGCAUCAGCGGCUGCAUCUUUGCGCCCCAUUUUGGCUCCGACCAAGGUGCAGCUCGCUUCGCAGCCGUGCACAAGGUGUUUGGUGCAAGCAACGUGUCGAAACUGUUGUUGCAUAUUCCGGUGAACCGCCGCCAUGAGGCGGUGGUUACCAUAUCCUAUGAGGCACAGGCAAGGCUGUCUGAUCCGGUGUAUGGUUGUGUGUCGACCAUUCUUGCUUUGCAACAACAGACUCAUUUUCAGGUGGCAUCAUUGCAAGGGGAGCUUUCUAUGGUGCAAAAUCAGCUGAUAAAUUCUAGGUUUGCAUAUGCAAAUGUUCUUCAUCAGUGCACACAACAGCAUCAACAUCAUCAUCAUCAUCAUGAUAAUAAUCAGCCAAACAUGAUCAAUGUAUCUUUAUUGCAACAACCAGCAUACUCCAACAAUAAUUCAUCUGCUUCAACCAAUAAUAACCUUGUGAACAUGAACACCUUCAAUAAUAAUAAUAAUAACCAUUCAGGUUUCGAGCUUGCAAUGGAGGCGGCACCAUCAUCACCACCACACAGCUUUGAGCCUCUUCGGUUGUCACAGGAAAAUAAUGACGAGGAUGAUGAGGAAGAGAGCAUCAUUAUUCCACAACUAUUCAACCAUGAGAUAGUGCUUCACCGUCAAUGACUCUUACCAUUGUUUUUCUUUUCUUUGUCUCUAGUUUUCGGAUCCAUAUAUAUUAUAAGUAAUAUUAUCGUUCACACUUUCAUAAACGCAGUACAAUGUCAUGAGAACCAAAGAAUCAUCGAUAUAU